AUGGCUCAAGCCAUCAGCCCCCUCUGCCGGAUCCCUGCAGGGAAGCUUGAGCUGAUCCACUCCCAGCCUCGGUCCCAGGUCCCGCCCCUAGGCCCGCCCCUCCGAGGUCGCGCCCUCUGCGGGCCCCGCCCUUCACCGGCGCUCGGGGGUGCCGGGGAGCUAGAUCGCUUUUCCUCCUGCCCAGACCCCGCCCCUGCCCAGCUGGGCCCCGCACCGAGGGCACGUCCGCCACCCCGGUGGCCCCCGGCAGCAGUAGGAGGUUGCGCGCGGGUCAGCGCCAGGCAGUGCCCGGCGAGCGGCUGCGCUCCGGGCUCAUCCAGUAGUCGCCGAGGCUUCGGCGGUCGGCGGGCGCCCGCAAGACCGGGCUCCGGCAGCCCUAGAAACAUAACUCCUAGUCCAGGCGGUGCGGGGGCGUGGCCUGGGGGCCCCCGUAGGGGAAACAGGGCAGCGGUCCCCCCAGGAGGCGCGACUCGCUGGGAGGAGGCGGCCUCCUCGGAUCAGACGCCGCGGGGCGAGGGUCGGGAUCACUCCUGGCCCAAGCUGGGGAGGAGGGAGAUUGGAGGCCCCUCUCGGAGUCUUCCCAAGGACCCGCGCUCCUCCUCCCCGCCUGCUGCCAGACCCGGGGCCUUUAUCUCGCCUGCACCCUCCUCGGGACCCCUUCACCGGGACAGAAGAAAAUUCAUCACCAAGUGGGCAGUCUCGGGGCCUCCAUCUUCUGCUUACACAACCGUGAUGGUGCGCUCAGGAAGACGCCACACCUCAAGAGGCCUCACUGUUUCCAGGCUUCAGAGCUCCCCACCUCUGCCCCCCUGGCCCUUGCAGGAGCCUUUCCCUUGCUCCAGGAAACCCUUAAAUCAGAGGCGGAAGGCUCCUCAGCCAACUCUAGUUCAGAUAUAUCUGGAAGCCAGGGAUGAAUCUGUGGGUCUCCAAUACACAUAUGUUUCUGGAAGCAAUCUAGAAAUCUAGAAAGGGUCCCUGACACCUGUCCCACCC